AUGCUAAAGGCACUGCUUCAAGAGUCUCGGUCUUCUCAAGCCUCGGGAUCCCACCCUAUGUCUGACUCUCCCUCCCUUCUUGCACCACCACCCCUCCUGAGGGAUAUCAUGCGCCAAGAACUCCGACAGUUGCUCCAAGGCCUCCGCCUUAAGGCUGUCUGUGAGGGCAGGGACCAGACUCAGGUGUGGGCCCAGUAUAGUCCCAGGGUCCUUCGCUUUGCCUUGGAGGAGCCCAGGUGUGACUCAACACAACAGGAACUAUCCCGGAUGAGAACCGUCGAGCCCAGGACUAGAAUGAGCCACACGGAGGGGGUGAUGUUAACUUCAUCUGUCAGCAGCUGUCACAGGGACCUCAGUUUCAUCAAGGACCAACUGAAUGUGUCUAACAUUGACCAGGUUGUCAGACACCUGAGGAGCCUCCUGGAGAAGGAAUGUCACAUGCUGCAGAAAGAGAUCUCUGACCUGCAGCACUGUCUGGAAACGGAGCAGAUGCAGGCUUGCCAGCCCUCCAAGGCCACCCUAGAGCCCACCCUGGCAGAGAUAAAGGAACAGAAGAAGGCCAUGGAACAGGAGCUACAGGUCUCUAUGGGGCUUUCCUGUGUCUCUGCCAAGCACAGGCAGAAGCCCUUGAGGUCCAUUCCGGGCUGCAGACCCUUUCCUUGUCUCCAUGGCUACAUGCCUACACCUCCUUCAGAGCGCUGCCCCCACCCUCAAGGUCAGGCAGUCACCCACCGCUGGAGACGGCAGCUUCGGUACAGCUAUUGGGAAGAGCCAACUUCCACAUCAGUGUCCAGUGCAGCAUCCCAGGCUCCAACCUGA